CGUAAGCGUCCAUCUAUAAAACUAGCUUUUGCCACCAAUCACCAAUAUUUCAACUUUUUCUCUCUCUCCCCUCUUCCUCUCGAGGUUUCUCUAUAUCCAUUUAUUUACAUUACAGACAAUUUAAGUUCUCAAUUUCCUCUCCAAAACCCAUCAAAAUCCUUGAGACUGGGUACCAUUCAUCAUGGGUUCUUCAUUUUCUUUCUUCACCGACACAGCUCCUGUGUCUUCCUAUCCCAGCCUUGGGGAUUUGCCGGAGAGCUGUGUGGCGUCAGUUCUUGUAUACUUAGACCCACCUGAGAUCUGCAGACUCGCUAUUCUAAACAGGGCCUUUCGAGGUGCUUCAUCAGCAGAUUUUGUUUGGGAAUCAAAAUUGCCUUUGAAUUAUGGGUCUGUAAUUAAAAGAGUGUUUGAUGAUUUUCCUGAGAAAUUGUGUAAAAGAGAUAUUUAUGCCAGGCUUUGUCGACCAAAUUCUAUUGAUGGAGGCACAAAGAAAGUUUGGUUGGAUAAGACUACCGGAGUAAUUUGUUUAUCAAUUUCGUCAAAUGGGUUGGCAAUAACAAGGAUUGAUGAUAGGAGAUAUUGGAGACGAAUUACAACUGAGGAAUCGAGAUUCUGCUCAGUUGCAUAUCUCCAGCAAAUCUGGUGGUUUGAAGUUGAUGGAGAGGUCGAGUUCCCAUUUCCAUCAGGGACCUAUAGUCUAUUCUUCAGGCUGCAGUUAGGACGGGCCGGCAAGAGAUUUGGUCGUCGAGUCUGCAACUCCGAGCAUGUCCAUGGUUGGGAUAAAAAGCCCGUUCAAUUCCAGCUUUCAACUUCGGAUGGUCAGAAGGCAAUAUCCCAGUGUUCUUUGAAUGAUCCUGGAAAAUGGAUUCAUCACCAUGUGGGAGAUUUUGUUGUUGAAAAUCCCUCUGCAACAACAAAAAUCAAAUUUUUCAAUGACCCAGAUUGA